UUACUGUUAAACAAUCGAGUUAAUUAAAGUUGCCAAAGUUUUUCUCAACCGACUGAGCGGAGAUCGAAAUUCGUACCUGAGAAUCGUUGUCUUCUUCAGAGCCUCCAAGUCCAAAUCUUUUGGUUACGUCUCUCUAACCCUAAACCUUAUUCUCACACUCUCUCUUCCACUAUCCUUCCCUUUCUCUCUCUCUCUUUAAGCUCCAUUGUCUCUUCUUGAAUUAUUCCUUGCUUCUUUUAUCCGGCACCGAGAUCUCGUCGGGUUCUGAUCCCAUCCAUGCUCGAUCUCACUCUCCCGGACUCGCGAAACGCAGAGAUCUCAUCCUCCACAUUUCUCGAGAUCCACGUAUGAGCUCUAAAACUUUCUGAUUUUGAUCCGGUGAAAAACCCGUAUAUAUGCUCAAUCGGAGCCAGAUUCAAAACAAAUCCAAGGUGAAGAAAGGAAGACAGUGAACGAUGGGAGCUGAAAAGAAAUGGCUUUUCACUCUCUUCUCCGUAGUAUUCCUCUCAGUCUUCCUCCUCUUACUGUACUCAAUCUCUGCUUUCACCUCUAAGCCUUUCCCUUCCACAAUCCGUCACGGUGCUCAUUACCCACCAGCUUUCGCUUACUACAUAACUGGCGGUCAUGGAGACAGUGACCGGAUCUUUCGGUUGCUGCUCGCCGUUUAUCAUCCUAGGAAUCGGUAUCUUCUGCAUCUGGGCGCUGAAGCUACUGACUCCGAGAGGCUUGCUCUCCUCUCCGACUUGAAAUCUGUGCCUGCUGUGACUGCCUUUGGGAAUGUGGAUGUGUUGGGAAAAUUCGAUCGUCUCUCUGAUAAUGGCGCUUCUAAGAUCGCUGCUACUCUCCACGCUGUCUCCAUCUUGCUUAAGCUUGAUCGCACUUGGAAUUGGUUCAUCGAGCUUAGCGCCUUGGAUUAUCCCCUCAUUACUCAAGAUGAUCUAUCCCAUGUGUUUGCCUCGGUGAACAGAAGCGUCAAUUUCAUUGACCACACUGGUGACCUUGCUUGGAAAGAAUCUCAGAGAAUCAAACCUAUUGUUGUCGAUCCAGCACUUUACUUAGCCAGAAGAACACAGCUCUUCACUGCUACCGAGAAACGACCAACACCAGAUGCUUUCAAAGUCUUCACAGGCUCGCCAUGGAUUGUACUGAGCAGAUCUUUCCUUGAAUACUGCAUCUUCGGUUGGGACAACUUACCAAGAAUCCUCCUCAUGUAUUUCAACAACGUAAUUCUCUCCGAAGAAUGCUACUUCCACACCGUGAUCUGCAACGCACCAGAGUUCAGUAACACGACAGUCAAUGGGGACUUACGGUACAUGAUAUGGGACAGUCCUCCAAAGAUGGAGCCACACUUCCUUAGCGUCUCGGAUUUCGAACAAAUGGCUCAAAGCGGAGCAGCUUUCGCUCGGCAGUUCAAGAAAGACGAUCCGGUCCUCGACAUGGUCGAUAGAGAGAUUUUGAAACGUGGACGUUACCGGGUCACUCCUGGAGCUUGGUGCUUGAGCCACAGUAGCUGGUGGACAGAUCCUUGCUCGGAAUGGGACGAUGUCAACGUAGUCAAAGCUGGACCUCAGGCUAAGAAACUGGACGAGACAAUAACUAAUUUUCUUGAUGAUUUGAAUUCACAAACGAAUCAGUGCAAGUGAAGAGGAUGGUGAGGGAGUUUGGAGUCAUUAUACGGACACGACACGAGAUUACAUUGUUUUUUUCAGAUCUGUAAGGUUAAAAUUCUUUGGGCAACAGUGGCGCUGUAUUUAUACGAGGAGAAGAGGAAGGAGAGAUUAUGUUCUCUCUUCCCCAGAUUCUGUUAAGCCACUAUAAAAAUUCAUUAGUCGUCGUCUACCAUUUCGCAAUUCGAUGAACCAUUUGUUCUUGUUGUCU